AUGCAGAACCCAAAAUCUAUAGUGACUUAUGGAAAGAAGGAUACGGUAGUGGCAUUGCUUGGAUGGGCAGGAGCCGCAGAUAAAAACGUCGCAAAGUAUGCAGGAAUUUAUCAAAAGAAAGGAUACACGACGAUUCAAUACACAGCACAUGCAGCGGCAAAAGGAUGGGGAACUAAGGAAGGACGAGAAGUGGAGAAUCUAGCACAAACCCUAGAUUCGGUCUUGAUCAAUCCAUCAAAUCGAUUGAUUUUCCACGUCUUCUCAAUGAAUGGAUUCUUGACACUCACUUCACUUGAUUCACAGUAUCCAGAGUUGAAGGCGUUUGAGAAAUGUGAUGGUUUAUUUUUGGAUUCUUGUCCGGCGUGUUUUGCAUUCUCGUUCGAUAAUAUGUACAAACACUCGCUUGUCAUGAAUCAUGUUUAUGAUGGUUUGAUCAAGAAUUCCAAUUUCCUCGUCGGAAAUUUCUAUUGGAUGUAUAAAAAAUGGGAGACAACUCGAUUCGGAUCUCGUCUUCUUUUGGAUGAACUUAUGAUAAUAGCCGGCAUUUGCUCUAUGGAGGAUGCGAAUCCAUUCUUUUAUCUAUUGAAUAAUCCACAUCUUCCACCAAUCAUAUAUUCCGUUUUCUCUGAUGCGGACAUUGUUUGCUCAGCAGAUGAAAUCAAUUCAUUCAAUCAGCUGGCUUCGAAAAGAUCCGACAAGCGGAGAGAAGUUGUGAUAACUCGUUUGAAGGAUAGUGCACAUGUCGAACAUUUCAAAAAACAUCCAAAAUUGUAUCUCGAACGAAUGGAAGAGUUUUUACAAAAAGUGGAAAAAUUUAGAAACGGAGGGAAUUCGAAAUUAUAA